CCUCCUCUGCUUCUCUUCUCACUUCUCAGGUCUCGGGAGAAAUAGAGCGAGAGAGAUAUCGACUGGUUUGUGUUUGUUCAAAGGAUUCAACCUUUCGAAGUUUCGUUUCAGUCGAUUUCCAUAGACAGAGUGGAAACUGUGGGAUAGUAUCUGUUAAUCGAAAUUUUUGAAAUGUCUGUAAUUUCUGAACUUGUGCUUUUUGACGGAGAAAAGGUUGAAGAAGGUGAGUGGGAGAAGGAGAGAUAGCAAGAAGACCAUAAGAGUGUGAUCGCUUCGACUCGGCGUCUCUGUACGUUUUAAGGAUUCAAGGAGUCGGCAAAUCGAUUGAAGCUGGUCGACCAGGAGACGGUCUUAAAAAAAAAGGAAUUUGGACCGGGAGAUAUCUUCAAAACGGUUUACGGCAAUGUCUGCUACUGUUCUAAGCGAUUCGAUGGCCAUGACCAAUCCGGAAUCUCAACCGACUACAAUUGAAAUCGGCGGGCAGAGUGAAGUCGAGUUUGCGAAAUGCGAUUGCUGCGGAUUAACAGAGGAAUGCACGCCGGCCUACAUAGCUAGAAUAAGGGAGAGGUAUCAAGGACGGUGGAUCUGCGGCCUCUGCGCAGAAGCUGUCAAAGAUGAGAUUGUCAGAUCGGAGAGGCUGAUUAGUACUGAAGAAGCCUUGAAUCGACACAUGAACUUCUGUAAGAAGUUCAGAUCAUCAACUCCACCUUCGAACCCUACAGAGCAUCUAAUUUCCGCCAUGAGACAGCUUCUUCGCAGAAGCUUAGACUCUCCGAGAGCCCUGAGGUCGACGCCUAGCAGUCCUCUCAGGAAGGAAAGCGAGGUUCGCCCUCCAUCCCUUGCUCGAUCCGAAAGUUGUUUCCCAAGCCUGGCAGGUUGAAUCAAAGCACAUUACAGAGGUAAAAAAAAAAAAAAAAAAAAAAAAAAAAAGAGAGAGAGCAAGGAAGAAAAAUAGAGAAAUUGAAUAAUUGCAGCAACAUUUAGCUUAGGUUAGUUAGGAUUUAAUGGUUUAUAGACUUCCCUGUUAUUAGUGAUUGAUUCUUAGGUUUUUGUUUCUUUCUUGCUCAUUUUCUGGAUUUUAAUUGUUAUUAUUCUGCUUUCGGGAUGAAUCAAAAUUGGCUGCUUUAUUUA